UGCACUGUACUAUCGGUACUAGCUGCGAGCACGAGCGUAGAAAGAGAAAGAGAAAGAAAGAGAGACACAGGUACGAGACGAGCUUGUGGUGUGAGGUAGCCACCAGUCAACAGCGGAGACGGAGACGGAGAGUCCGAGGUAGCCCGUGCCUGUAGCCGCCCGUGGUUCGUUGUAACUCGUUGUAACGUGACGCGAAGGUGUGCCAAGCUCUUUCGGUUGCCUGUUACUUCGUCCGAAGACGCCCGAUCGCACGUCUACCGUAGUGUCGCAUAUCGAAAGUGUCGGUAGUAGUGUUGUGUGAUCCAUCGGCCUGUCUGUCCUUGUGUGCUAGCCGAAAAAACUGUACCAGCCAAGCCGUACAUCAUCGUGGAAAACUGUCAAGAGUGUCGUGUCCCAGACGCUGCCUUUCAACGCGAACACUUCGGACAAUCCUCGUCGCGAUUGUUGAGUUGCACGAAACAUAAGGCACACAGGCACCGAGCAUUUUCCAAUGUCUGAACCGAUGCUUAUGUGAUCGAUAGACAGCCAGCAGAAGAAAUUAUAAAUUAUCUGGAAAUAGUGGCGAGGACUAACUAGCCCAGCCAGAGAGGUCCUCCUCAGGAUGCCGCAGAGUUUCGCGACUAUCCAAAGACUCGGACUCGCGUCACGAGCGUGCGGUAGAGUAACCAGCUGAGGAUGUCGGAGCAAAACGGGCCCGGCGAGGGCCCAGGACCGGGCCCGGGGCCGGGUCCUGGCUGGUGGCCAGCCUCGCAGUCUUGGAAGACAAACUCGUGCACCGCCGCCUCCUCGUCCACCGGUUCCACCGCCCCAGACAACUCCGCCUCCGUCUCUGCCUCCUGCACCACCACUACCUCCUCUCUGACCACCACUACUUCCGCCACUUCCUCCACCCCUGGCGGACCGACCUGCACCAUCACCGCGGCCCGUUCUUCCGAAACAGGAAAGAAUGUCUCCGUCACCACUAUCAACGUACCCCCCAAUCAGGAUAUGCACGAUGGCAAAGGUAUAUGCAAGUAUCUGACCGGGCAGAAUGGUGUGACAGUAUCCGUAGUUUCAAGUUGUGGCUCCGUACUAGGCUGUGGAAAUGCGAACGUCGUAUCUACCACGGGAAUCGGCAACAGCACUGGGACGCAAAGCAUCGGUAUCGGGAUCGGAGUGAAUGUUCUGAACCAGAACACAGUGGAUGACGAUGCGGAGGAUAGUGACGUUGAGAUAAGCAAAAUCGACUUUCGAGGGGUGAAUUUACGUACGAAGAAGAAGCGAGACGUAUCGGGUAGUCAAAGCGGAGAGAAAAUCGGUGAUGCGGAUGUCGAAGAUGGAAACGGUUGCUACGAUGGGAACGACGUGUCACAGCAACAGCCGGAGAGACCCAUGUCAUGGGAAGGAGAACUAUCCGACCAAGAAAUGUCUUCCAAUACAAUUACAAAUCAAGAUACACACGAGGACACAUCGAUGGAGGGUGUGCAAGUAUGUGGCGCAAGCCCUGGGCCUAUAGAACAGAAAUUUCCUAUAAAACCAGAGCCAGAUUUUCGAUCCAGCCCAGGAUUUACGCUUGGUUCUUUUCACGAUGCAGGAUUGCCUCUGGCCCAUGGCCAGCAAAUGCAACAACAGCAACAGCAACGCAACAUUGAAAAUCUUGAACAAACACAACAAAAUGAUUUGCCUCUUCUCGUAGGAAAAUUACUCGGAGGCUACAAUAGUUCAACUCCGAAUCACAGUCCAGUGUUAAAUCCUCGACAUCAUUUAACGAAGCAUAGUCACACGAGAUCACAGGUGCCGUCACCAGAUUCGGCAAUUCAUUCCGUAUACAGCGUAUUCAGCUCUCCGACGCAAAGUCCACACGCAGCUCGUCACUCUGCUUUAGGCGCAGGAAGUCCAGUACCAUCUUCGUCGUUAUCUUUGUCGCGACAUAGUUUCAACAAUUCGACCUCCUCGUUGUCUCUGUCACACUCACUCUCAAGGAACAAUUCAGAUGCUUCGAGCAGCUGCUAUAGCUAUGGCUCUCUCAGUCCUCCUACGCAUUCACCCGUUCAGCAACCAAGACAUCCGCAACAUCAUCAGCAUCAGGUUGCUCAAGGAAGCCCGCUUCAUUUGCCGGCAACAGCCUCGCCUGCCAUUGCUCAUCAUUAUUCUUCCUCUGCACCGGGUUCAGAGCUGCCUUCGGAAGGACACACUGCUACUGAUGAUCAGGAAGACUGUCGAAUACCAUCAGCGCCAUCUGGUAUUUCAACUAGACAACAACUAAUCAAUAGUCCAUGUCCAAUUUGCGGAGAUAAGAUUAGUGGUUUUCAUUAUGGAAUUUUCUCAUGCGAAUCCUGCAAAGGCUUUUUCAAACGCACCGUCCAGAAUCGGAAAAAUUAUGUGUGCCUUAGAGGCGCGGGCUGUCCAGUCACCGUUGCUACCAGAAAAAAAUGCCCCGCCUGUCGAUUUGACAAGUGCCUCAAUAUGGGUAUGAAGCUUGAGGCGAUUAGAGAGGAUCGCACCAGAGGUGGAAGAAGUACCUACCAAUGUACGUACACGCUCCCAGCAAGCCUUGUCGGUAGUUCUGCAAGCAGCAUGACCAAUGACAAAUUAAACACUGGAGGAAAUUGUAGUCCAGCUCCAACUGGCAAUGAACAUUACUAUACAGCAAGGCAUCAUUCGAAUCACUCCCAUAAAAUGCAAGUGGUACCACAACUUCUACAGGAUAUCAUGGAUGUGGAACACUUAUGGCAUUACAAUGAUAAUGAUCGCAUGACUGGGAUUCAAGCUGGUGGGACAAAUACUAUCAGGAACAAUGAUACUAUGUUAUUAGGAGUGGGAAGUGGUGGAGGUUCUGGAACAGGAAAUGAAACAGGUUCAGGUGUUGAGUGUUCCUCUAAUGGAACUUCAGGAAAUGGCAACUCCAGUAACAGAAGAGAUGAAAGAUCGUGCUCUAAUGUUCCCACAGUUAGUAAUGAACAACGAGCUGCAGCCAUUAGUAGUAGCUCUCAAAUUAAUAAUACAAAUGGUAAUCCAACUCAGCAUCCUGAUUUUCUGUCGAACCUCUGCAACAUUGCUGAUCAUCGACUCUAUAAAAUAGUGAAGUGGUGCAAAAGUUUGCCGCUAUUUAAAAACAUUUCGAUCGAUGAUCAAAUUUGUCUGUUAAUUAACUCUUGGUGCGAACUACUGCUCUUCUCGUGCUGUUUUCGCAGUAUGAGCACUCCUGGUGAAAUUAGAGUGUCUCUCGGCAAGUCGAUUACAUUGGAACAGGCUAGACAGCUUGGCUUAGCGACCUGCAUCGAGAGGAUGCUUGCGUUUACUAACAAUUUGCGAAGGCUUCGUGUAGAUCAGUAUGAAUAUGUGGCAAUGAAGGUAAUAGUACUCUUGACCUCUGAUACAAGUGAGCUGAAGGAACCUGAAAAAGUUAGAGCAUCUCAGGAAAAAGCUUUACAAGCACUACAGCAAUAUACUAUAGCAAGGUACCCAGAGAUGCCUGCUAAAUUUGGUGAAUUAUUAUUGAGAAUUCCAGAUUUACAAAGAACAUGUCAAGCAGGGAAAGAAUUGUUAAGCGCGAAACGUGCUGAAGGGGAAGGCAGCUCAUUUAAUUUGUUGAUGGAAUUGUUGAGAGGGGAUCAUUGAAUUAUUACCACACUGAACAAUGCCAUUCCACGCUUAUAAGGUCCGUAAGCUUAAGGAAUCGGAUGUAUUAGAUAAUUAAGGAGCAGCAAAAAUAAAAACAAAACCAUGAUCAUUAUGGUCCAUGAUACAUUAGU